AUGAUCAAUCUCACCGUCUUCCAGAAGUCCACCCCUCAUGCUCUCCGUGCCAUAUCUCUCGCCUCCUUCAUCCCCGCGUUCCCCAUUUUCCUCAUCGCCGGCAUUGGCUUGCAACAAUUGAAUCCCGCCAUCGGCCUUGUACCGCUCUUCUUCUCAUCCCUCUACUCAGCCAUCCUGCUCUCCAACGAGAAGAAAUGCGGAUGCCAGGCCGGCGGCCUCACGGGCACACCGUUCCACUUCAUUCUCGACUUUCUGAUUGGCACGGGGCUACUUACGUGCUUGAUUCUGGCAUGGGCGCUCAUGGGAUAUUACCGGGAGAGUGGGGUUAUUUUGGGAACCUUGGUGCACUUGUACUUUGUGCUGUGUCAGCUUAAGGAGGCUCUUGAUGGUGCCCCCGUGUUCCCUUCGAGCUGUCCGCAGUGUCGCAGCGGCACUCUCUCGUUCUCAAUUGGCGGGUUCGAAUUCGGGAAGAGCUGUUCCUUUGGCACGGGAGCAAUCACUGGGUUCAAGAAUGGGUACACGCCGCUCCUGAAUGGAGAUGGCGAACCGAGGGUCUAUUCCGAUGAGCAUACGAAUGAAGGGGAGAGUAUGGUGUAA